UCUUCCAACCUACUCCUAUACCACUGAACAUCGCACAUCGAGGCAGUCGGGAAUACGUAACACGUGGAUGUACACUAUGUAGGAGUCUUACAAUAGGACGAAACGGUCAUUCAGUGCUUCCAGGUUUCCAACAGUGGUCUAAACAUCAAUGGGUUGAUGAUUUCAAUCAAUAAAAAAAACAAUUUGAUCUCUUCUAAUUUGUCAAUAACACCAUGCCAACUUUAAAUUGGUAUGGAUUAAUGUGCGUACGUACAAAGUUCUACGUUGUCACUAACUGACUGACAUCGACGAUCCUGUUCGUGGGAUUGGAACCCAGAGCCUUUAGUUUUACACGUGAACUCUUAACCAUUAAGCCAGCAUUCAAUUGUGUUAAUGUUUAAUAUCAAUUCGUUUUCAAUUUCUUUUCUUGUGAACUCAUCAUUUAUCACUUCUUCUUUCUUUUUCUUUCUUUUUUUUCUUCUUCAAUAAGAUAUUAUGAAAAAGAAACGAUCUGUUGCUACGGAAUUAGUUCAACGUGCUUCAUCGAUAUUACCAGCAUUUACUGAUAUAUUUGAUGAAGAAACAUUUUAUAUAUUUUUUAUUUGUCUUGUUAUUUUCUCAUUUAUUAUAGCAUUUAGUAUAGCAAAAUAUUUUGAUAUAACAAUUAAUGAUGCAGAUCAUUUAAAAUUAACUAAACGACAAAAAUUCAAACGACACUAUUCAAUGAAUGAACAAAAAUAG